AUGCUCGUGGACGGGAAACGCACCGGCCAGUCGCUAACGGUGGAAAGCGACACGGGCCAUAGCUCAAGCCACCUCUUCUUCGUUGUUGACCGCAUCACCAGCACACGCCUCCUUGUCGAUACCGGAGCGGAGCUAUCUAACCUGCCAGCAGCAGCUCAACAUCGCCGCGGCGGCAAGCCCAUUUCGAGCCCAAUUGCAGUCAAUAAUACUGCUAUUGCAUCAUAUGGAGUCCAGUCAAUGACGAUAGACAUCAGACUCAGGCGUACAUAUCGAUGGCUGUUCGUUGUGGCCGACAUCGGAAUUGCCAUCCUGGGAGCGGACUUUUUGAGCCACUUCAAGCUUGACGUCAACGUUCGCGAUCGUCGUCUCAAGGAUAACGUCACUUCACUCGCUGUUAUCGGACUGAAGUCUGACCUGUCCUCAUGCGGCGUUUGUACUUUCAACCCAGAGUCAAACUUUCAAAAGAUUCUGGCUGAAUUCCCUCAAAUCACCAGACCUCGGAACACCGAACUGCCAAUCAAACACGAGGUGACGCAUCACAUUGUCACCACCGGACCACCCGUCACCGCUAGACCUAAAAGACUCGCUGGACAAAGACACGAAAUUGCCCGCUGUGAGUUCAACCACAUGCUCCAACUCGGCAUUAUUCGACCUUCUUCCAGCAACUGGUCUUCCGUGCUGCACAUGGUGCCAAAAGAAGAGUCUGGUGACUGGUGGCCUUGUGGUGAUUAUCCGGCACUGUAUGCUGUGACAACGGCAGACCAAUACCCUCUCCCCAUAUCCAUGAUUUCAGCGCUCACCUCGCGGGAACGACCAUCUUCACUAAGCUGGAUCUGA